AUGGAGGAUCAAAUAACAGUCAUAAAUAAUUUAUUAGACAUCGAUUCCGGUGGCAUUCGGCUCAUUGGAAUUUAUGGGAUGGGUGGCAUCGGUAAAACAACAUUUGCCAAUAUUAUCUUCAACCAACUAUGUCCUCGCUUUGGGAAAAACUACAGCUUUCUUGAAGACGUGAGGGAAAUGGCAAAAGCCAAGGGCUCGUUGGUCAAGUUGCAAAGAAAAUUAUUGUCCGACAUCUCCCAUUCUGGAUUGGAUCUUAACAUUGAUAACUUGGAUCGGGGGAUCACUAUGAUUGGACAAAGAAUUUGCAACAAGAAUAUGCUAAUUGUAUUGGAUGAUGUCGAUGAGGACAACCAAAUCCAAAAACUAAUUGAAGUGAACUCUUUGUGUUCUAGUACUAGGAUACUUGUUACCAUUAGGGAUAAAAGUGUUCUAAAAAUCAAGGGAUUUAAGUAUAAAAUCUUGUGUUACGAAAUGGAGGGGUUGAACAAAAAAGAUGCACUCCAGCUUUUUAGUAGGCAUGUUUUUUAUGAUAGCUCUCCUCCUACCAAUUAUUACACUCUUUCUGAAGGCAUUGUCUCAACUACAGGUGGACUACCUUUAGCUCUUACAGCUAUAGGUUCACUGAUUUUUGGUGAGAAAGAGGAAACAAUAUGGGAAGAGAUGCUAGAGAAGCUAAGGGAAACACCUCAUAGGGAUGUGUUAGGAAAGCUAAGGAUUAGUUAUGAUGCCUUAGAGCUGGAUCAACAACACAUAUUUUUCGAUGUUGCAUGCUUUUUCAUCAGUUGGAAAAAGGCUGAUCUAAUCUACCAGUGGAAAUAUUGUGGGUUUAAGGCAUAG